AUGGAUCCGUUACCAAAACAAAAUGACGAUACAGAUCUCUUGACUGCUAUGAUGGCAGGUGCCACAGCUGGUGCCUUCCAGACGGCGGCAACUUAUCCAUUUGAGUAUCUCAAAACCACCUCCCAAAUUAAAAACCAGGUAUUAAUGCUAAAACCCCCAGUUGAAGCAAUGAAUUCGAUUUCAAUCCGACCAAUGUACACAGGUUGUGCGGUUCUUGCAACUGGUAAUGCAUUGAAGGCAGCUACACGUAUGUGCCUUUUCAAUUCGUUUUCACACUUCAUGGCCACAGAGAACGGUUCUACUACAGCCCCUCGUAUCGUGGUGGCAGGACUGAUGACAGGAUUCGUCGAAACUUUGUGGGUAAUUCCGUUUGAAAAUAUCAAGACUAGGAUGAUUGAGAAUCGUAUGUAUCGUGAGGGGAUGGAGAUGAAUAUGGCCAAGGCUGUGGACGUGCGUGCGUCACCUUCGUCUCCUUUGAAAACCUCGAAAAGAGCUCGCACUGCGGAUAGCUCUUUCACUACAAGGGCUAGACACAUUUCGGAUACUCGCCUCAAAGCACUAAAAUACUACGCCAAAAAUCCUUCUAUCACUUUUCCAGCUGUGGUAAAGGAGAUAUACAGUACCCAAGGUUUAAGGGGGUUUAAACAAGGCUCGCUAAUCACUAUAUUCAGACAAUGCAUGAACAGUAUGGUGUGGUAUUCCACCUUCAGUUCUCUGCAACAAUUGAUUGAUCCCAACAGGGACUCCAUCUCUGAACUUGAACUUUUGGGAAUGGGAUUCGCCUCUUCAUGCGCUGUUGUUGCUACUACUCAGCCUUUGGAUCUUGUUAAAACAAGAAUGCAAACCAAAAACUAUCGUCUUUUCUACAGAGACCUGAUGACUUGCGUUUUUAAAGUGUUUGUUGAGGAGGGCCUCAGGAAAUUCUGGUGUGGUUGGUUCCCUCGACUCAUCAAGGUGAGCUGUAGUUCUUCGGUUACGCUUAUUACCUAUGAAUAUACUGUAAAGGGAAUUCAGAAACUCAAGACUAUGAAACCUUUUUCCGCCUCAUGA